AUGGGGAGAUGGUUGGCUGGGCUCUGGGUCCAAAUUGGAUCCGGCGAGAUCAUCCACGGAGCCAAUGUUCAUGGCGAUGCUCAGCCAUUUGAUGGACCACAAGGCACUUUGGCUCAUGCUUUUCCUCCUUCUUCUGGAAUCGGUGGAGAUGCACAUUUCGAUGAUGAUGAGUUUUUCACCUUGCGCUCAUCAAGAGGUCAUGUCCUGUUCUUGGUGGCUGCACAUGAGUUUGGUCACUCUUUGGGUCUUUCUCAUACUAACGUUCCUGGCGCUCUGAUGUUCCCCACAUACAGCUUUACUGAUCCGGAUAGUUUCUCUCUGUCCAGUGAUGACAUCAGUGGGAUUCAGUCGCUCUAUAUGUAACCGGCCUCAAACAUGGAAGGAUGAGAGCUAGUAACUGUAGGAAAUGAUAAGAUACACACAGAUUAGAAUCUGCAGUGUUCUGGCGCUUUCUUUAAUGUCUUUUUCCUUUUUCUUACUUUUUUUUAACAAUAUUUCUU